AACCGUUGGGUGGCAGCAUGAUUCAUCACUUUACUUCCUGUUCCGCCAAAAGUUGUUUUCUUUUAUCUAGCGGAACUGCACAGAUGUAAUUUCCGUUCCGCGAAACUGAAAAUUGGCGCGCUAGACUUUUAAACAAGCUCAGCGGCAGACAGAGAAGUUGAAUGACAACGCUGAACCAGCACCGUUGUUUCUUUAAAAAAUGGAGCAAUAAGGUUUACUGUGGCCGGGACAUUAGUGAUUCAUGUCGGUGUGGUGGAGAUGCAGAGUCGGUCGAAAUUAAGUGAAACGAGCGGUCUUCUGGAAACUGUGACGGUGGCUGCUGGGGUUAGGCUGCUCCCGAGAACAGGAUAACCACCAGCUCAUUAAAGAAGCGCCCUGAAGCAGCUGCGUUCAAACACCUGGCUGCUGUUUAAACUGUCGCCAUGAACAGGAUGAAAAUGAAGAAAGCCGAGGUACUCCGAGGCUUACCUGGGGGGCAGAAGCACAUCUCUGCCUUCUUUUCCUCCCAGAACCUAAAGGUCUUCCCGAAUUCCACAAAAGUAUCCACCACGGGUGCUGUCCAGCCCAAGACUGAGCCUCCAAUCAAAGAUGGUGAAAGCUCUCCGUUCAGACUCCAUUCCCCAUUAAAGAGGAGUGUCCUUGGGGACCUUGAAAACUUCCUUACCUCCUCACCAGAUCUUCUACUCUCUGUGCCUGAGACGCCAAACAGUCAAAUCAGGCAUACAUGCUCUCCAUCCUUUAAGAAGGACCUCAGCAGGAAGGUGGUGUGCCUGGCAAACCUCGGCCAGCUGUCUCCUGUCUGUCGCAGUCCCCGCUCCAAAGGGCCAAAUUUACGGAAAGUAAUGGCUAAGGAUGGAGGAAAAGCCAAGAGGGAAGAUAGAUGGUCUGGCUCCAUGAAAAGACUGUUCAGCCCUCCUGAAGAGUCACAUGAUGCCAAGAGACCGAGAACUACCAGCCCAUUGACCACAGGAGCAGUGAUUAUAAGUAGAAGCCUGAAAGAAAGAAAUUCUAUAACUGAGCCAGAGAAAAUACCCUCCUUAGCCACUGAACGUUCAGCAGGUUGUUAUGACAGGUCUGUGGGUCACAGUCGAGGCACUGAAUUGAUCUUAAAUGAUGGUAGAAGUGCAAUAAUGUCAGCGCAGUCUGUGUCUUCCCUCUCUUUGGGCCAAGAGAAGAAACCUCAGCAAGAACGUGAUGAGCAAGAUUCUGGUUUUACUUUUAUAGCGGAGCAGAAAGCAGCUGAGGCCAAAAUGAGCAGAAAGCUACACACUAGUCUGGAAAAGGACACUCCUAAUGCACAUGUGCAUGAAACCAGUGCUCAAGCUAUCACACCUGCACUGCAGGGAGGUUCAAAUGAGAGAGAGGUUCACCCAAACGUAAAAGAGACCACAAGAACAUCGAAAAAGGUUGGAGAUGAAGACCAAAAAACACAGGAUCAGGAGCAAAAUGGCGGAACGGCUCCUGCGUGUCCCACAGAAGAGCGACUGGAUGACAGCUGGUUUGCAGAGCAGAUGGAGCAUAACGAAGGUCUGAAGACGGAGGAUAAAUCCAAAAAAUCCCGUAAAGUACCAGACCAUGUAAUCCUUUGUGGAGGACCGAAAAACCGUUACUGGGUCAUCGAUGUUGAAGAGAGACCUGGCCUCAAAACGCUGACCAUCUCAUGCUCCAAGCUUCUACAUCCAGCUGAGACGUGUCUGCUCAGAGAUGGAUGGGAGAUGACACCUGUUCGUCCUGGUGAUGUGGUGCAUCUGGAGGGCCGCUCUGAUGGUGGAUCCUGGUUAGUGGACAGGGAGCAGGGCUUUCUGGUUUUACUACCUGAUAGCCUCAUCUCAGGUACCAGCAUCUCCAGCUCCAUCCGCUGCAUGAGGCGUGCGGUGCUGGGAGAUAUGUUCAAGAGUUUUGAUGGUGGCAGCAAGCAAAUGCUUAACGGCACCAUGGUCCAUGAAGUCUUCCAGAGAGCAGCUACAGCUAAAGAUUUUUCUUUGGAGACGCUGUCUAAGCUCGCUGAUGAGGCUUUGCACAGUCCUCGAUAUCUGGGAGAUAUGUACAGUUUGGGUGUAACUCAGGAAGAGAUGAAGCAGGAGCUCCAUGAUUAUCUCCCCUCACUGGAACACUGGGCAAAGGAAUACCUCAACUCUCAAACACCUAAAGCCAUCAGCCUUAAAAUCAGUGGUGGAGCUCCAAGUAGGUGUCAGGACUCGGGAGCUGUCGCUACUGUUACAGAGCUGGCAGACAUAGAGGAGAACGUUUGGUCUCCGAGGUUUGGCCUGAAAGGAAAAAUCGAUGUGACGGCCCGGGUUCGAAUCCAAAGACCGCGAAAUGGCUUUCACAGAAUUCCGGAAGAAAAGACCAUUCCUCUGGAGCUGAAAACUGGCAGGGAGUCAAACUCGAUAGAGCAUCGCAGUCAGGUGAUUCUGUACACUCUGAUGACCUCGGAGAGAUACAAUCCUGAGGCCGGCUUUCUACUUUACCUCAAGACUGGCAACAUGCACCCUGUAGCACCCAGCCACAUGGACCGCAGAGAGCUGCUGAAGCUAAGGAACACUUUGGUACAUCACAUUCACAGCUGUGUGGAGAAAGAGGCUGAACGAAGCUGCCUCUCCAGGCUGCCGGACAUACUGACCAACAGACAAACCUGCCAGUACUGUCCUCAAAAGAGAAACUGUGCCUUAUAUGAGAGGGCUGUGGAUCGUAGCUCUGCAGUCACUGAAGAUGUUAUACAUGAAUUUAUACAGCAGGAGACUGGCCACCUGACAUUGCCUCAUCUUAACUAUUUUUCCCACUGGCUGCUUCUCUGCUGCUUGGAGUCUGUCACCAUGGAGACUAGAAACAGCCGAAAGCGUGUGUGGCUUCAGACGGUUGAGGAAAGCGAGAAGAGCGGGAGCUGCGCAGGGAACCUGCAGCUCAGCGGACCAGUGAUAGCUCAGUCUGAAGGCGUUUUCCUUCAUCGUUUCCACCGCAGUCAUGUUGCUUCGCAGCAAGGUUUGACCAACAGCAGUCUCUCCAGCAGGGAUCGCAUUGUCGUUAGCGACCUGGAGGGUCGCCUUGUUGGCUUGGCAACAGGUUACCUGUGUGAGGUCAGCCAGACUGCAAUCAGCUGCACACUGGACAGGGACCUGUCGAAGUUCAGGGGUGUGACAUUUCGACUGGAUGGGGAUGAAGGUGUGGUGGGCUUCAGCACCCACCUCACCAAUCUCUCCAAACUGAUGGAAAACUCUCAGGACAGUGAUCGUCUGAGGGAGUUGGUCAUCGACCUUCAAGCUCCAGAGUUCAUCUCCAACCUCAGCUCUGUUUUGCCCAGGGAGGCUAAGGACACUGUGGCCGACAUCCUCAAAGGUCUCAACAAACCCCAGAAACAGGCCAUGAAGAAGGUGUUGUUAUCUAAAGACUACACACUGGUGGUCGGCAUGCCUGGCACAGGCAAAACCACAACCAUCUGCACCCUGGUUCGUAUCCUGCAUGCGUGUGGUUUUAGUGUGUUGCUGACCAGCUACACCCACUCUGCUGUUGAUAACAUCCUUCUGAAGCUUAAACGUUUCCGAGUUGGUUUUCUGCGUCUGGGUCAGGGACAGAAGGUUCAUCCAGACAUCCUGCCAUACACAGAAGAAAGUGUGAGGAAGAAGGGGGUUCACACACUAUCAGACCUGGAGCAGCUUUAUAACAAAGAACUGAUAGUGGCAACUACUUGUAUGGGCAUCAAGCAUCCUAUUUUUACUCGACGCCGCUUUGAUUUCUGCAUUGUGGAUGAGGCGUCACAGAUCAGCCAGCCUAUCUGCCUGGGACCUUUGUUCUACGCCAAGAGAUUUGUCCUGGUGGGAGACCAUCAACAGCUCCCACCAAUAGUGCAAAACCAUGAAGCCAGGUCGCUUGGGAUGGAUGAAAGUUUAUUUAAGCGACUAGAGCUGCAUAGUGAAGCAGUGGUACAACUCAACGUACAGUACCGAAUGAACAGGCAGAUCAUGUCUCUCAGUAACUCUCUGAUGUAUGACGGCCGGCUGGAGUGUGGCUCAGAGAGGACAGCCACAGCGCUGCUCACUCUGCCCUUCCUGCUGUCUGUCCAGUCUGAGCUGAGUUCGUACUCUGAGGCUCAUCCCCAGCAUGACCUGUCGUGGAUACAGUCUACACUGUUGCCGAGCAAUCCUGUUUGCUUCCUGGACUGCUCGAUGGUGCCUGCGCUAGAAUCAGUGGAGCAGGGAGGAAUAAGCAAUCACACCGAAGCUGCCCUCAUACACACUCUGCUUUCGCUUCUGAUAAAAGCAGGGUGUAAGCCCAGCGAUAUUGGUGUUAUCGCCCCCUACAGGCAGCAGUUAAAGACAAUUCUGGCUCUGCUGCAGUCGCCUGCAUUCACUGGCGUGGAGGUGAACACAGUGGAUAGAUACCAAGGACGGGACAAAAGUCUGAUUAUUCUUUCUUUUGUGAGGAGCACUGCAGAGGAAGGAAACUUAGGAGAGCUGUUAAAGGACUGGCGUCGCCUGAAUGUAGCCAUUACCCGCGCCAAACACAAGCUGCUGAUGGUGGGCUCGGCCACAACGCUACGACGCUACACACCAGUGGAGAAACUUCUCAACCAUCUUCAACAAGAGAACAUGAUUAUCCAGCUCCCAUCAGCUGCCCACAAGGCCUUACCCAGCAUGGACCUGUGAGAGAAUUCUAAGAGGCCAUGAAGGUGUAUCAGCUCGUGUGUAUGUCUCAGUGGAGGAGCACAUGGUUAUCAUUCACCUCAACUGUGCAGAGACCUAAAUGACCUAGAAGAGGCAGAAUGUCUCUUUUUAAAACCGAAUACUUGAAGUCUCCUGAAGAUCAAACGGUCUGCAGUAAUAGAAAUAAGACCUCAACUAAAGAACAAUGUUAUGAGUGCUACUGACAAUGUUGAUGUUCCUGUUUGUGUGAAAUUCUGAAUCUUUUGUAUAUUUUUGUAGAUCAAUAGAUGGCCAGCUGCCGGGGCUCGUGCGUUGGCCAGUUUUUAAUUCGACACUCUUAAAGCACCGCAGUUUUAAAGGUUUCCGUUAUUGUGCGUGCUAUGAAACAAGGUACUGAGACGGACCAGCUGAAAGGGUUGCAUACACAAUUGUACUGAAUCUUUAAGUUGGUCUUACAGUUAAAAUAUGUUGCUGUGUCACUAUGAUAGUUUAAAAUGUGAUGCAUAAACCUCAGUUUUGUCAGAAUGUUCAAAUACUUUUCAUCAGAUACCUCAAUCUCAACACUGAGAACAUUUUAGGUUUGACUUUUGGUACUUAAAGCAUAGAAAACUUCCCGCUGUGAAAGGGUGGGGACAGCUUUCACAGCCAGAUAAGCUCAUACAUGUCUGUCAGUGUGAAACUAGCCCAGUCUUUAGCAUAAAACAAACUAAAAAGCAAUAUGACGACAUCCAUCGUCAUGUGUAUGUGACAUCCUCCAGCUCUCUUUUAGAGGUAUAGUGUCAUUUCCUGUUUCCUAUGAUAGAGCUAUAGUAUUUAACCAGAAAUGUUAACUUUAAAAGAACUUAAUUAUAUCAGUGGGAAUCACUACACUUGUCUGCAGCUAGAAAAACUAAGUUUAUUCCAUUGUUUUCUUAGUAAAAACCUGUAUGAGUCAGAUGGCAGAACUACAUCUGUGCAGGAACAGAUUAUACAAAAGAACAUGUCAUCAUGAUGACUUUUAAUUUCAGGAAUAUGUACUAAAACAUUAUUUAGGAUCAAAACAAAUCUGCACAGUAUCAUUUUUACCAGUUUAAUCCAUAUCAGCUGUACUUAAUUUUAUUGAACCCCAUUCAUUAUUAAGCAGCAAAUGUGAAAAAUUCUCCCAACCACAAGGCUGUGACUCUUCUGAUUUUACCUGCUUUGUUCUUGUGUUUCUGUUUUUACCAUUUUAAAUCUUUUGGUUGUAAAUUUUUUUUUUUUGCUGUAAUGUUAUGAAUAAAUGAUAGAAAUCCUAACAAAGCCUACAGUAUGUUUGUCAGCUGAAUCAUUUCAGGAUUGAUCAGUCAGGACUUAAAUGUUUUUUUUUGUUUUUUGUUUUUUAUUUGAACCAUCUCAUUUUUAUUCAAGAGCCAUAAAGUGUCUAUCUGCAGGAACACAACUGAUGUGAUCGGUCACUGUCUUCUUAGAUGUGUCUCCGCCUAUAGUUUGAUUGUUCCCUGCAGAAUAGUGACGGUCUGUCCAGCUAUGUUGAUUCUUCCAUCAUCUCUCACUUCAA